UUCGCCCUUUUCUGACACAGCAAAGAGACGCACCAGACGUGAAGAAAGAUUCCAGCAACUACUUUACCCUUCUAAUUUUUUCCCUUCUUCUUCUUUAAGCUUAGCAAGAUCAGCAAUAGUCUGGGCAACCCUCCCGCGAACUCCCGUCUUCCAGGGCCUCUUCGUCGCUCGCUAUCGACCACUAUCGUAUCACCUCCCACAGACCCUCGAGAUUGCGCAGACCAGCUGCCAAGAGAGAUACACACGCACAAAAGAGUCACCAUGGCGCCUCGCAUAGAAGCUUCAGAAAUCGAAACCUACUGGAACAUCUUCUCGGCAAGGACAGGCGGCGGCCAGUACCUGACGGGCGAGCAGGCAGCCCCCGUCCUCAAGAACAGCGGCCUCAAGGAUGACCAGCUCGAGCGGGUAUGGGACCUCGCAGAUGUUGAUAACGAUGGAAACCUGGACUUUGAGGAGUUCUGCGUCGCCAUGCGGCUAAUUUUCGACAUACUCAAUGGGGAGUACAUGGACGUACCGGCUACGCUGCCAGACUGGAUGGUGCCAGAGUCCAAGGCACAUCUCGUACAAGCCACUCGCGCCCUGACGGGCAAGGCAGCACAGUUCGAGCAUGUCGACGAUGACUCGGACACGCCGGGGCUCAAGGAUGGCUUUGACUGGUAUAUGAGCCCGGCAGACAAGGGGAAAUACGAACAGAUCUACCAAGAGAACAGGGACAUGAGAGGGGAGAUAGCGUUCGGAUCAUUGCAAGAUCUCUACGACAGCCUUGACGUGCCGGAUACCGACAUCCGCUCCGCAUGGAACCUCAUCAACCCGUCCGCUGCGAGUUCGAUCAACAAGGACGCCUGCCUCGCCUUCCUCCACAUUCUAAAUAACCGACAUGAAGGGUUCCGCAUCCCGCGCACGGUGCCUGCGUCCCUGCGCUCUAGCUUCGAGCGCAAUCAGAUCGACUACCAGCUCGACAACCAGCGAACGGCGGCGCAGAGCCGGUGGGCGGUCAAGGCGGACGACGAGACAUCGACGGGCCGCAAGGCCAAGUUUGGCGACCAGUACCUGACGCGGCUGGGGCGCAGCGGCUUCAAGAGCACAGGGACGGACUUCAGCACGGAGAAGACGGACGACUGGGAGGAGGUGCGGCUCAAGAAGCAGCUGCACGACCUCGAGGCCAAGAUCGAGAAGCUCGAGAGCUCGGCCGAGAUCAGGGCCACGGGCAAGAGGGAGAGCAAGCCCGCACUCGUCAAGAGGGAGCUGGAGCAGCUGCUGGACUACAAGCGGAAGCAGCUGCGGGACCUCGAGCAGGGCAAUGGCCAGGCGAGCGGCGGAGGCGGCCUGAAGGGCAUCCAGGACGACCUACAGACCGUGAAAGAGCAGGUCGAGGGCCUGGAGUCGCACCUGAGCUCGAGGAACCAGGUGCUGGAGCAGCUACGGAGGGAGAUCGAGGACGAGAAGGCGAGCCGGUGA